AAGCCAAUUUGAGAUCGAUGUGAUACACUUUCCGUGGGAUUCCCUCAAUAAACUAUUAUUAGGCUUGGAUUUUACGAUUAUGAGCGAGGGAUGAUAUAGUUCAGGAUAUUUAGAAGCUUUUGUGACCAAAUAAAUAUGAUUGUGGACAGGGAACAACUCGCAAAACAGAUUCAAGAAUGGAAUGCAAAUCGCUUGGAUUUGUUCGCUUUGACGGUUCCGGAUCCUGUGAGCCUGGAGUUCUUUGGUGUUAUGCGAUUUUUCUACCAAGAUGCAUCAGAAGGAGCUAAAGUUUCAACAAAAUGCGUCCGAGUCUCCAGCACAGCAACUGUCAAUGCAGUGCUCGAGACUCUCAUCGAGAAGUUCCGUCCGGACAUGCGAAUGUUGUCUAUGAACAAGUAUUGUCUUUAUGAGGUGCAUGCUGAUGGAGAUGAGCGACGUAUGGACGAUGAGGACCACCCCCUCGAGGUACAGCUCACCUGGGGCAAGGACGACAGGGAGGGACGGUUUCUGCUCAAGCGUGAGGAUGUCAAGACAGCAUUUAUGGAAGAUUUCCAUGACAAGGGCGUCACACCGCAGCCAUUCAAACGCAAACUCUCAAAACGCGAAAAGAAAGACCAGAAGAAGAAGAACAAGGAGGCUAGAGCGAAAGGGAAGGAGAAUGCCGCCGAGCAGCUGUAUAAUGAACUACCAGAUACGAGCUUCACGAGGACGGUGUCUAAUCCUGAGGCCGUCAUGAAGCGACGUAGACAACAGAAGCUGGAGAAGAAGAUGGCACAGUUUAAGAGUCAGGAUGGUGGCCCUGACAGUGGUGGCACACUGAAGAUCUACGGCGAGACACUUUGCCCAGAUGUACCGUACAAGACCUUGCUAUUGUCAACGAGUGACACAGCACUCAUGGUGCUUAAAGAGACCCUGGCCAAGUAUCGCCUCGAGAAGGAGGACUCCAAUGACUACUGUCUAUUCAAGGUGAAUCUGGUUCCGUCCAAAGAUGGCUCUGGGAAGCUUGAAUACGGAGACGAAGAGAUUCUUGAUGACGAUGAAUGUCCUCUUGCUAUUCACAUCCAGUACCCACCAUCACAAGGUUCGGUUAUGUUCCAAAUCCGUCGCCGCCCGGCUGACUAUGAGAAGAGGAAGCGAGCAAGGAAACAGCAACAACAGAUGCACCCCAACGAUAUGGAUUACGGUCAAGGACGUCCACCACACUCUGGCAUGCACCCAGGAAGCAUUCCUCCAGAGAAGCUCCCAUUUCUUGUGGAGCUCCAUCCCGAUGGUCGUGAGCCAUACAAUGCCAACAAACACCGACUCCAGUUUGAUAUGUUAGAGGUUGGCAGUGAUCGCAACAUGUCAUCUAGUGGCCAGUAUUUACAGCUGUUUGGUCCCCAUGUUCACCCUCGGCAUUGUGUGAUAGCUCAAUCAGAGGGGAUUGUGACUGUCACACCAACCAACAAGGAUGCAGAGACAUAUGUGAACAACCAGAGAGUGUUUGAGACGACCACAUUACAGCAUGGCAUGGUGGUGAGAUUUGGCAAGGCUAACCUGUUCAGGUUCUUGGAUCCCAUGGCUGAGGAGGUGGCUACUGCAGUAUCCACCUUCUUUCAGAAGCAGAACAAGAGGCAGUCGGAGCCUGGCAUGAGGCAGCAGGGACCAUAUAACGGCCAUCAGCAACCUGGCGCGUUUGAGACAUCGUUCGACGUUGACGGCCAUGUGGAGACUAACCAGGGAAUGAGACGGCCUGAUGAACAACAGAGAGGAACACCACCAGAUGGCAUGAGAGGCGGUCCGGUGAAUAAAGUGGAGGAAGACCUGCUGCCGGCUGGCUUAGAAUUCAGAGAAGAUGCUGAAGAUCAAUUCCUGGGAAGUCUCAUCACUGAUUCCAGUGUCCCGACCGUCGUAUUUAAGUUGGCCCCUACCUACGCCCUCUACAUGUCUGCCCGGUAUCGUGUGUCAAGACACUACAGGCCUGACAUGAGUGCGUCCGAGCGUGCCCACAGGUUGACGUCACUGGUCCACAAGAUUGCUGGCAUGACACAACAGACGAUUCAGGAGGAGCACGACAAUGCAAACGCUUUGGCCUUCUGGAUGGCCAACACUUCAGAACUGCUCCACUUCUUCAAACAAGAUCGCAACAUUGGACCAUACAGUAUUGAUGCUCAGGAUAUCUUAGCUGAGGCCGUGCAGGUGGCGUUCCGUGAGCUAGUGCUUUGUUUACAGAAUGAUCUGCGGCAGACGAUGCCAGCAUUCCUCGAUGAUGGAGACGAGGAUGCUGAUGAGGAUUGGAUGAUGGAUGACCAAGUGGAUGUGCAUAACAGAUAUCAGAGAAACAGGCCAAUGAUGACUGAUGUGAUCCAAACCAUGUCUGCAGCCAUGGCACUCCUGCGACGAUGCCGUGUGAACGCAGCUCUCACAAUCCAACUCUUCUCACAGUUAUUCCACUACAUCAACAUGUGGCUCUUCAAUAAGAUUGUCAUGGAGGCCAGGUUAAGGUUGUGCACACGUCGAUGGGGAUUCCGGCUGAAGCGGCGUUUGGCAAGGAUCGAGGUGUGGGCCGAGAAGCAGGGGUUGGAGCUGGCUGCUGACUGUCAUUUAGCUAGGAUUAUACAGACUGCCCACUUGCUUCAGUCACAGAAACACAGUGCAGAGGACAUUGCCAGCAUCAGCAGCUCAUGCUUCAAGUUGAACUCUCUUCAGCUGCGCGUCUUGCUACAGAGUUAUAUCCCUGACCAUGAGGAAGGUCAUGUGCCUCAAGACUUGAUCAACCGGCUCGUUAGUAUGGCCGAGAAUACAGCUGAUGAGCUCAUAAGGAGUGAAGGUCGCGAAGUUCAUCUCGAAGAGGACCCUGACCUACAUCUCCCGUUCUUGUUACCCGAAGAUGGCUAUUCCUGUGAUAUUGUGCGUGGUAUUCCCAACGGUCUGCCUGAGUUUCUGGAUCCUCUCAUCAACAGUGGUAUCUGCAAUCUUGUCAUCCACCACCAAGCUCCUGGGCCGUGGACCGUCUACAUGGACAAUGAGCUACCUGAGAACAUGGUUCGUCACAGUCCCGGCGGACCACAGAGUGAACCGGCGGCACCACCUGGUUUGCCGCAGGAACCAGAAGUGAUGAUGGUGUCCUUCGGCAAGGUGAACGGCAGCAUGGGACUGAGUAUUGUCGCGGCUAAGGGUGAAGGACAGAAGGAGCGUGGUAUCUACAUCAAGUCAGUUGUAACUGGUGGUGCUGCAGCUUUAGAUGGGAGAUUACAGGCUGGUGAUCAGUUACUUGACGUUGAUGGCAAGAGCCUGAUCGGCCUGACCCAAGAGAAGGCUGCAGAGUUGAUGACCCGUACUGGUGCUGUUGUCAACUUGAGAGUUGCUAAACAGGGCGCCAUCUAUCACGGCCUGGCCACACUACUGAGUCAACCAUCACCUAUCAUGCAGAGAGCUGGCUCCAAACAACAAGUUGCACCACCAGCUGAUAAAUCCCGUCCCAAGAGUCAAGACGUCUCCAGAUUUGGCCCAGUAAUGGAUGACGGUUACGUGCCUCCCCCGAAUCGCUAUCCUGCAUACCAGAACCGCUCUCUUCAGGAGCAGCAUGGUCCACAGAGUAAAUCUACGCCAUCUUUACCAAACGAGGUGCCUAAUGACCAGCACAACACCACCUAUGAUCGCCGACAGCAGGCCAAUGCCCCUUAUCAACAAGGAGCACGUGACCCAAGCCGCUCCAAGUCCACCUCCAACCUGAAGCAGGAACCUGACCAUGAGGAAGCCAGGCGCAGGCAGUUGAUGUCGACAGGAAGUUUCCCACGAGAUGUGCAGCAGGGACGAUCACAUCCAAAUCUUGCUGGCCCAGAUGAAAGGAAUGCUGGCUAUCCAGCAGACUCAAGGCCUAACUAUGAGAAUUAUGGUCCGAACCGUGGUGAAGCAAGUGGUCAGCCUGGGCGGCAGUUCGGUUCUUCACCUCAGCUUUUGGAGAAUUCAGUCCCUGAUCAGUUCAGGAAGCCAGAGCCGCCGCGCAUGGAAGAACGAUCAGCUCCAAGGCAUCAUUCGCACAGUGAUAGGCCAGUGUCUGCCCACUUUCCACAAGGUCGACCUGACUUGAUCUCCUCGAGACCCAAGUCUGAAGAUAUCGAUGCCAUGAAGAUGAGAGAUCUGAGACAGAAAUACGACCUCGAUGAUCCCCAUUCGUCAUUCCGUAGUGAUCAUAACUCCAGCUAUCAAGAUUCACCCAACUCUAGCUUCAGGGCUGAACCACCCCAUGGUACACCAAAACCUGAGGUCAACGUCAGGAUUGAAGACCCCAUGAAGUCGCAGCUCACCAUGCAAGGAUUCACUGUUGUACCUGAUAGCCGGAAUGAUCGCAUGUCGCUGUCAUCCAAAGAAGGCAGCGAGGAUAUACCCAAGUUUGCCAAGCAGUCCUCUCAACCCCACUUUUUCCAGAACACACGCAUGCGAGAGAGAGACCCGACACCACCUUUUGAACAACUCAAGAGGCAGGAAGUCAUGAAUCGUCCGCCGCUUGCACCAAAGCCUAAGGUCGCUCCUAAACCUUUCGAUGGGCCUCGGGCUCCACCACAACAGGAGAUUCCUUCAAUGGCUGUGGAUCACAGAAAGUCACAACCAAACUUCUUCUAUGGUGAAUCGGAACCCGUCCAACAACCCUAUGGUGGCUUCAAUCAACCCAUGGGGAAAUCAACUGUCAAAGUUUCGUUUUCGGGACGGCCUGAUUCACCAGAGUUGCCUCCUCCUCCACCACCAGAUGUCUCUGGGAUGGACGACCCGGAUGCUGAGGACAUGCCACCCCCUCCACCUCCACCACAGGACUACACCCCGUAUGCUCAGCAGGCAUACGGGAACCGCAACCGGAUGGAACAACCCAACAGAGGGCCACGACCAAACGAACAAAACAGGACAAGUUUCCAUCAAGAUCAACAGCCAAGAUGGGGACAGAAGCCAAGCCCUCCACACGUGAGCCCUACUGUUGCCGCGACCAGUCAGGCUAUGAUGCAAUUCCCGAACCAGCCCCACACAGACAGCCAUUCUCAGCCAUCAAUGAGACAAAAUGACGCCACGUUUCCCCGCCAGCAGCAGCCACCGAGACAAGAUGAGGGGCCGAAGUGGCAGCAACCCAAACCCAAGGUACAGUUAAACGUGCCAGGUGGCCAUGAACGACCGGAGUCACCGUCCAGUUCCCCCUCACCCUGGGACCGAGAGCAGCGCGAGAAAGAGAAGAAGCUCCAGGAAGAAGAGGCAGCACACUAUCGGGAUCGUGAGAUUGCCGAUCUUGAGAUGAAGCCAUAUUUGGCGCCAGAAGAACAAGAGCGAUUGCGACGGUUGAAACUCGAUCAGGAGUUUGCUCGGCGGUUGAAGGAAGUGAAGGAUGAUGAUGAUCAGGAUGAUGAAGAUGACUUGGCUGAGAGAACAGCGAGCCACAAUCGGUUAGCCAAGAAGAUCUUCGAGGACCUUGAGCGGACACAGGCAUUACGGAAACAGAAGGACGCCAUUGAAAAGGAGGAGGAGAAACUGAAGGCGCUCGAUAUGAAACAGAGAGAGGAGAGCAUGUUACAGAGGUUCGACAAGGAACGUGACGAGCAGAGGCAGAGACAGGCACGGAAACAGGAGCGUCAGGACCGUGAACAUGAGGCUUGGUUACAGAAACAGAGGGACCAGCGUGAGAAACAGCGCCAGGAGCAGGAGGAGCAUAAACGCAUGAUUCAGCAGGAGGAGGAGAGGCUGAAGCAGAAACGAGAAGAGGAGGUCAGGCGCAAGAAGGAACAGGAGAAAGAGCAGCUUCGUGAGAUGCAGGCUGCACGCGAGGCCGAGGAACGAGCCAUCAAAGAGGAGAACGCCAGGCGUCAACAGGAAGAGUUCUUGAGACAGCGACAACAACCAGAUCAGAGAUAUUAUGAUGACAACAGGAACGAACGGUUUGGCAAACCAUCUCCUUAUGGACAACAGCCACCGCAGAACUCUCGCAUCAAUUCUUACGGGAACGAUAAUCGUGGUGAAGGACCUCCACCACCACAACGAGGCUCCUCGUUCAAUAUGGUGAAUCAGGUGCGUGGUCGUGGCUCUGAUUCCUCCCAGGAACAGAUACCGCCAUACCGGGUCAAUGCAAAUAUCAGACCACCGCUAGAUGCAGCUGCACAGAAAAAGACUGUUUCGUUCGAUGCUAAGUUAACUACCGAGAUUGCUCCUGGGUACAAGGAUGGACCCCAGACGCCACCUGCUAAUGACCUGUCUUACCGGACGGGUAAUCAGUCAGCGUACAACCCUGCCUCAUAUCAGCCUGAACAUAAUAACCCCACACUGCAACAAAAUCAACAGAACAUGAUCAAUUACCAAGUGCAGACAACACCAGGUGUGAUUGGCUCUCAGGAGGUGUACCGCGAUCCUCGGGAUCGCCGGUUACAACAGCAACAACAGGGCAAUCAAGCACCAGGUGAAAAGCUCUCAUUCAGGGACAAAAUGAAACUAUUUGCGGAGACGGCUGGUGAAAAUACACCAAAGGAGAAACCAAGGAGUUCAAGGUCGCAGCGUAUCCUGGAGAUGAAUCUAGCAACACCUUGAGGUGGGUGACGUUAUAAGCGAGGUGCCAAUGUAUAAUCAAAAGGAUAUCGGAAAGACAAUCUCGGGAUAUUGUGGUAUUAAUGAUGGCUCAAUUUGACCUUCCCAGCCCUGGUUUGACGUGUUGAGGAUAGAGUUGAAGCUCUGUUUACCAUUGAAACAGCUCCAUGAAGGACAUGUCGGCCAUGAUCCAUAGGAAGAGGCCGUGACAUCAUGGCUGGGAGGGUUAAUGUGGUCGCUCUGCUGGUUAUUUGUUGUUGAACACAAGAUAUAGCUGGAAACUUGUGGUUUUUUAAUUCAUGGAUGAAUAUCAUUCUUAUAUGCAGACUUAUUCAGAUUGAAAAUUUUAGUUUUGCACCCAAAGUGAUCAGACUUGGAGAUGUUGUGCCUGUGAUGAUGGAGUUCUUGGAUAAGCGUGCUUUAUACUCAGUCACUUUGAGCCAGGCACUACUGACAUUAGUUAUCACAUAAAAAUUUGAAAUUUGAUAGACUUUUUUCACUGUGUAUUUUGAAUUGGACAUUUGAGAGCUAUUCAUAUAUAUCUUUGGGUACAUAAUCAGUAUUGAGUCGAUAGCUGUUUCACUUCGUCCUGUUGGAGAGUUUUUUAGUUCCUGUGUUGGGGAGUUAUACAUAAAAGGCAGGAUAUUGGUUCACCCUCAGUGCUAUGCUAAUCAGCCCUUAACUUUUCCGAACAACCCAAUUUCAUUCUGACCUGUCUUGGCCUCAAGUUAUUGAUCUAGUUUUAAGAGUAGAAAUCAGUUAAGCUAGUUAAUGAUUAUUUUACUGUUAAGUCUAGAAAAGUUUUUUGUCCGAAACAUUCCAUCUUAACAUAUGUGCUUUUGAUGUUGACAUGAUUGUCACAAUGCCAUUUUUACAACCGUCCUGGUUUUUGAGCCAGAGUUGAUACAUAUCAUAGCUAGUUUUAGAAUUGUCAAGCUGGACGUCCGGAUACUUUUGUUGUAGUUGUCUUACAAGAUCGUCCUGUCAGCCCGUCCUCCGGAUAUGUGUCCCUUGUACCCGUGUGAGCCAACCUGUCCAUGCCCAGAAUCUAAAUUCGUCCACGUCCAAGUUUAUGAAUGGGAAAUUGGUUGGCCUGUCCUCGGCAUCUAAUCCAAUGUCAUCCUAGGCCAGCACAGGUACUUGGGUGUUUCACGUCCACAGUAGUUCCUUCUCACAAGGAACAAGUUUGUCCAGAUCUAAUAUGUGAGGAAACAAUUUUUAAACUAAACUUCAGGUGACGAAGAAAAUGUUUUUUUAUGUUUCUGUGAUUGUUUAAAACAUAUCAGUUGGAAUGAAUUUCAUAAUGAUUGGUCAAGAUGUUUGGCCCUCAAUUUGAUCGGUAUAGUUUGCAGAUAGCAUGAAAUUUACUGAUAUAAAAGGUUAUUUUUGUCUUUAUUUCCUGUAAAUUGUUCCCAUUAUGCUUUGGAUAGAGACAAGAGAAUUUUAUUUAUGCUACUGAAAUCUGAAAUUUAAGUAAAUCGGGAUCACAACAAAGAAUGAGAGUAUUUAUAAAUGCUAAUUGUCCGAGCAUGUUGGCCUAAUAGUUCAGGGAGGUACUACGGUGAAAGCAUUGACAGUAUUUGCUGUUUUUGAUUUGGACAACCUGGGUUAAAGAUGUAAAACAGUGUAUUGGAAUGAUGCCAGUCAAGCUCUGGUUUUAGUUUGGUAAAGCUGUGAGCGAUCAUGUUCCUAAUAUUACAUUGAACCAGGGUGUGAAGGGAGACUGACGUAUCUCGUCGUGGGGCAAGGAAUCAAUUUGUACCACUCAGGUUUUAUCAUCCUGUGUAGAUUACCCCAAGCUAACGUGUUGCAAAAAUAUUUUGUAAAAUGCAACUCUGUAUCAUAUCUGUACAUACUGUUUAAUAUUUUAAUAACCAUGCUUUUAUCACAUGUAAAUUUUAAUACAUAUCAUGUUUUUUCAGUAACUGAUUACAAGGCAGUAUACAUGUAGAGUAGCUAAACACCACUAGUCAGUCUCUGUAUGGAGUGUAGAUCGGCUUACUUUGGCGAAAUUCUGGGAGAGGGCACAUUCAAAUAACUCUUAUUAACAAUUCUGGUCUCACUAUGGAAAUAGGCCGACUGUGCAAGGAUAGAUCAUAAUGCUGUCGUUGGACAGUGCUGAAAGGUAAGAUCAAAGCAGAAUGGGUUAAAAGAUCAACACCUUACUGCACCUACAGUAAACAAACCCAUUAGAUUCAAGUUUCUAUUUGACAUUUGAAACUAACUUCAUAUUUCUGCAGUCAAGAAUUUCGCCUUUCUUGAAUAGUCUCUUGUAAUUUACAAAAUAUAGUAAACUAUAACAAUUUUUUUACUCGGCGAUGCGGUUAUCUUAUAUUACUUUUCAUUUAAUCCAUUUAUCAUUUAUAAAUUCCCUCUUAUGAUACAACAUAUCAUUGACAUACUUGAACUUGGCAGGUUUUAUGAUUACUGAUGUGUGGCUGAUCCUGUAGGUGGCAGCACAGUCUUUGUGAUGCCAGCGCUACCAUCUUCCGGUCUCAAAGACUAUCGCCCACUUUUCUCAAUUCAAAUUUUAUGACAUUUUACUGCUAAUCCAGUUAUAUCGAACACUACAUGUACAGUUAUGAUCAGAAGUUUGUUGCCUCCAUUUUGCAGUAAUAUUCCACGUGAAUCAUGGUCUCCUUUGUCUUUCGAUAAAUCAAUGCUGUUGUGUGCAUAAUAACAGAAAUUUUAAUGACUUCAGACAUUUAUAUGAAGGGCAUUGAAUGGGCCUUAUUCACUCAAGAUAUCACAAGAAAAGAUGGUGAUUUACUUCUGAUUAGGACUGUCGGACUUCUCACUUGUGCAGUCUUAUGGUUCAUUAGUCCAGUUCAGCAAUAAUGCAAAUAAAGUUUGUCAUUA